CUUCAGGACUAUGAUCUUCUGAAUGUAACAUCUGUAUCGCUCUGAGCACAUCACUGCCCAUCAACAAACAAGUAAGUGAGGAUACACAUUGUUGGAAAUGAGUGUGGGAUAGACUAAGGAAAGAGGAUGAUUGUCCAGAGAAUAUGUCUUUAUGUUGUAUAUAGAUCUAGAUAGAUGGAUAGAUAGAUAGAUAGAUAGAUGGAUGGAUAGAUAGAUAGAUAGAUAGAGAGACAGAGACAGACAGAUUGACAGAAAUAGAUAGACAGACAGACACAAAUAGAUAUAUAUAUAGAUAGAUAGAUAGACAGACAGACAGACAUAGAUACAUAGAUAGAUAGAUAGAUAGAUAGAUAGAUGAUAGAAUAGAUAGAUAGUGUCCAUGUGGAAUUUCACUUAUAAACCAACAGUAUAUCAUUCACUGUACAAAUAAAUCUUGGGUACAUAUAGUGAUGUAGUUCAUAUUUUAAUGUUAACUAUAAUGUAACUAUAAUGCUGAUAUAGUUACUUUCUAGCAGAAUUAAAUAAAUGACAUAUGGUGUAUAAUUAGUGAUGUCCCGAACGGUUCGACGGCAUCCAUUUUGAAGCUGCAUUCUUAGUGAGCUGUCCAGGAGGUGGGAGGGUCUGGGAGGAAGGGUCUGCUGCUGAUUGGCUGGAAUGUGUCUGCUGACUGUGAGGUACAGGGUCAUAUGUUCGCCGUCCACGGCGAACCGUUCGGGACAUCACUAUGUAUAAUUAUGGACAGUUAAAAGUAAACAAUUCUCCCUAGGGACCUUAAACUCUACUAAAUUUACCUGACACCUUGUCACAAGGGGUUUUCAGUCUAGUGAUACAAUGGUAUAAUAUGUUUCAUCCUAUUAAAAGUUUACAAUUGCAGCUGGAACAUUUACUGUAAUUGGUAGUGUUAAUUAUAACAGUGUUGAGGAUCCUAUGGCAAGGGGCUUGCAACAGAGUGGUAUCAUUUAAAGAUGCAUAAUUCAACUUGCAGGCCAAAUGUAGUAAGUCAUAAUGCACUAACAAUGCAGUGGUAUAAUGUAAGCUUAUGCCUUAUUCACAAUAAAGAAAAUAUUAACUGAGAUGGGAAGAUUCUCUAUACUGUAAACGCUCACAGUAUGUGGUUUGAAUUUAGCUUUUUUUUUUUUUUAAAGCUGCACAGCUUGCUAGUUAGUAAAUAAACUUUACUAUAUGUUGCAUCUAAGAAGUAUUUAUGUUGGUGUUGUUGAGUUACAACUCAAAUGAUACUCAGUCUGCAGUUUCAUUAAAUGUAAGGGUUUAUUCACUAAAUGUAAAGUACUGUGAUUUUAAAAUCGCAUUGGAAAAUUAGCUGAUGUGGAAAAAAUACUCCCCAGUUCAGCUAUAGACAUAGCUUGGUUAUUUUAGACUGAAUUUUGCAAUUCAGUUUUCAGUUUCCCCUAAUUCACCAUUUAGUGAAUAUAUACUUUAGCCAGCUGUUUCCUAGCCAAAAGCUAAGCCAGCUUCAGGUUAAAUAAAAAGAUAAAAUAAACAUAAACAGAAAACUAGUGAUCUAGUGAUCUAGUUGUGACAGUCUAGUAGUCAAAUGACCUAAUGUCAUAUGCAUUAAAGAGACACUCACAAUAUAUCGUUGUAUUGUGGGCACUUCUGCUUUCCUAAAGGUUUUAUGUGUCUGAGUCUGUAAAUCUUCUGCUUUAUUUUUUUACAAUUUUAAUAAGUGCUGUUUUCAAUGAGAAGCCUUUUUAUUGGGGAGGGCUUGCAGAUCUGCAGCUUUUGCAAGCUAUUGUUUGCUUACUCCAAAGAAAACAUUAAGAAUCAAAUACCUGGGGAUGUAGCUACUAAAUACUUUUAGUAGAAAUCAGUGGAAUGUUCCUUUAACAAUUCGUGGGGUCUAUAAAAUGAAGGAUGGCAUCCCUUGUGCACCAGUUUUAAAGUCCAAUGGUAAAAUGUAAAGCAAAUUCCACAUUGAGCUUGCUGUUAAUGAAGAAAGCUUGCAAAGCGCGUUAAUAAACUCUAUAACGGAAUUGCAUUAAAGGGACACUCCACUGCCCGAAUACAAAAUAAAUAAAACUCGCUGUUUAUGAGAUAUACCCCAAAUAAAAACUUGCAUUAAUAUAUAUUUUUCAUUGGGGAUAUAUCUAAAAUCAGCUUGCAAAACCUGCAGUUCUCUUGUAUGUUGCCUUUUGCAAGCCCUCCCAUUCUAACCCCGCCCAGGCUUUCUGUGGUUGUCCAAUCACAGACUUCCCAAUACCGCUCAAUUAGAAGUCUUUGUAAGUCAUGUACUCUGGGCAAUUGCUUCCUCUUGAGGUCAGCUACAUUGAGCUAAUGAAAUCAGGAAGUAAUAUUACCUGUUGUCUGGUUGAAAGUCACUGGGGUUUAACCAGGUUAAUUUAUGAAAGUGUCAAUUUCUAUUGAAAUUGUACUUUUUGCAAAAUGAAAAAAGAGGACACACUCUUCCCACAUAAAGCUUUUUAGCAAGCUGAAGUUGUUUAGUGGUCUGGAGGGACCCUUUAAAAUCAGUUUAGUAUAUUGUUCACAGCCCGAAUUAUAAAACUGUGAAUGAGAUUUUCAGUAGCCUGAUAACAGAGGUUGUAUGGCCCCUAUUAUCUCUGAAACUACAUCACACCCCACAAACCACAAUUUGAGACCACAAUUUGAGACCACAUUGAAGAGACCAUUCUGGAAUAGAACGACCUCUCUACUGCCACUGCUCUUCACUUGUGGAUUUGCAGCGGCAUUAACUCUAAAGGUAUACUUUUAUUUUAAAUGUAUUAUUUAUUUUUUUGUAGUUAUUAUUAUUAUUAUUAUUGGCAUUUAUAUAGCGCCAAUGAAAACCUUUUUCAAACAUAGUGGAGUGUGGAGAAAUAAUUUAUUAAAAAAAAAAAAAACACAGCAGAGACUUAUAGGAUAGACACUGUAUAUAUGUGUCUCAGAAAACAUGGUGGAUCUUGUCACCCUGGUUAUGAAGGAAGGGGGUUGCUUCAUUGCUUGUGUAGUGAUGAUGGCUGAUUAGAAAGGAGGGGUGUGUAUGUCUAGCAAAAAAAAAAAAAAAAAGGGGAUUUUCAGGAGGGAUGGUGGCCAGCUGUCUAGCACGAAGGUUAUGUGGCUAGCAAACUAGGUGAGAAGUUAUUUAAAUGGCUAGAUCAAAGGAAUAGUGGCUGGAUAGAUGCAGGGCAAGUGGAUGAAUGGGAGAGGGAUUGUAUAAAUUUUUUAAGAGAAAAGAAAGGUGGCUAACGAGAAGUAUGAUAACCAGUAAAUAUGGGGGAGAUUUCUAGUUAGCAGGCAGCUUGAACAGCAAACACGGAUGAAGACUGUCUACCUUGCUGGCAUUAUGAGCAUAAGACAGAGGUAACAGUUGGAUGACCCACAAACGGUGAAAAUGUCUAUCUAGAAGGCAGAGUGAGUAAAAAAGAAAGAGGGUGGCUAGCAUGCUGGGCUGCCAACAGAUAUUAUUUUGCAGAACCCCCUGGCACACAAACACAGACAAAAUCACUAACACACAUAAACUAUGCAAGACACUCACAGAGAUCUACAAAUAAGUACACUGAUAGACAAACACAUUCUCAAACAUACACUGCUACAUACACAGAUAAACAUUGCAACACACACCAUGACACAAACAUUAGCACAGAAACAGAGAUACACAGUCACUCACAAACUUAUGUACAGAUACAAUGACAUGUACACAGACACAAACACGCACAAACUUACACACACCCUCCUGUUUCCAUUCUGUUGGGUGGAGGAUGGUGACAUCACUGGGAUCUAGUGAGAGCUGACUGCAGCAUGCCAGUUUUACCACUCUACCUUAUGCGACUCUGUGUGCAAUAGCAGGAAGUUACAUGUAAUCACAUCUUCCCACAUCUGCCGCACGAUAUGUGGUCUGGUUAGGAGAGAUAUUAAUAUCCCCGCAACUGAACCACAUAGCAUUAAAGGUACCCAAACAGGUCAGAUCACAUCCUAGAGCCAGUACCUGACAAGAAUGUAGGUGUUAAAGGACCACUCUAGGCACCCAGACCACUUCAGCUUAAUGAAGUGGUCUGGGUGAAAGGUCCCUCAAGGAUUAACCCUUUUUUUUAUAAACAUAGCAGUUUCAGAGAAACUACUAUGUUUAUGAUAGGGUUAAUCCAGCCUCCAAAUCCUCUACUGGCUGUCUCAUUGACAGCCGCUAGAGGCGCUUGCGUGCUUCUCACUGUGAAAAUCACAGUGAGAAGACGCAAGCGUCCAUAGGAAAGCAUUGUAAAUACUUUCCUAAGAGACCAGCUGAAUGCGCGCGCAGCUUGUGCCGCGUGUGCGCAUUCAGCCGAAGAGGCGGAUGGGAGGCGGAGAGAAGGAGUAGAGCUCACCGCCCAGCGCUGGAAAAAAGGUAAGUUUAACCCUUUUCCUCUCCCCAGAGCCCGGCGGGAGGGGGACCCUGAGGGUGGGGGCACCCUCAGGGCCCUAUAGUGCCAGGAAAACGAGUAUAGUGGUCCUUUAAUGCCAUGCUGGCAUCCGUGCUAGCAUGGAUAGUGACAUACACACAGACAUAGACAUACAUACAGACAUACAUUCACAUACACAGCUCAUUUUCCAGCCACCCUCCUGUCUCUUGAUAAAGGCUACCAGGAGGAGCCGAAACGUUGGGGGAUUGUUUGUGACUCGUGUUUCUGCCCUUAUAGGCUUGUGGAAUUUGGUAAAUAUACUGUUUAACUUUUCUGCCUUGGGGGGCGUGGCUUGGGCGCCGGACGAAAUGGCGGCGUGAACCACGAGCUCCCGCCCGGCUCCGAUCACACACCCGCCUAACCAGCUCCACAAUAGCGAUAAUGGGCAAAACCAACAAGCCCCAACAGGCUGCACCGGCCGUCAGCACGCCGAGAGGGUCACAGCCAGCCGGCAUGCGCCAGUACCUCACAACACAGGCCGACCAAGCUCCCCAGGCCUCGAGUGACACAGCAAGCCUGGGCCCAGGCCGCCCGACCUCACCCAGGGACGGACACCACGAACAGGUACCAAACACCCCUGACAAUACCCUACCCCAGCUGGACUGGGCAACUCUGCUAAACAACCUACCCACAAAAAAUGACCUGAAGGAGGCCAAUGCCGCCCUCCACAAAUCUAUCACUGGGGAGCUCCAGGCCCUGAGGGAAGACAUGCAGGGGCUCCAUCACAAAUUGGCCCAGGUGGAAGCAGAUUGCGACCACGUGAUGUCGGCGCAAAACGCCACCACGAGCACCAUAAAGCGGCAGGAAACACAAUUGCGCCAAAUGGCCCUCCAUUUAGAGGACUUAGACAAUCGGGGGAGACGUCAGAACAUCAGAGUUCGGGGGCUUCCAGAAGAAUGCGACCAAACUACCCCAUUAAGGGACACGCUCACGGAAAUUUUUAAUGCCCUCCUGCAAAGGCCGAACACGGCGCCCAUCGAAUUUGUAAGGGCGCACAGAGCACUCAGACCCAGGGGCCCACCUGACUCCCCUCCUAGAGACGUAAUAUGCUGUCUGACGCACUUUCAAGUGAAGGAGGAUAUCCUGAAGAGCGCCAGGGCUCAGAGCCAAAUCAUCCACAAUGACGCUGAGAUCCAACUGUAUCCAGACCUUUCCCCUGCAACGCUGGCGUAUCGACGAGCCCUGCGCCCACUCACGCGGACAUUGCAGACUAACAAGAUCAGAUACAGAUGGAAUUUCCCCACCGGACUACAGGUCACCACAAGCAAUGGCCCCUUCACGGUGAAGAGCGAGGGAGAUCUGAAAGACCUGACGAGAGAACUGCAACUCCCAACGAUACAUAUGUCCUGGCCAGACCCAAUGGCUUUCUACGCCUUCUCACCGGAGGUACAACGCCAGCCGCAACAAACCUCCAGACCCAGAAGAACGAGACAACAGACAACGCGCCCCACGGGCACCAACAUGUAGAAAGACGCACACUACCUGUCCACCCUGCCGGGAAACCACACGGCCCAGCAAUGAACUGGACAGACACUGCCCGUCCCUGACCAGAACACAUGGAACUGGCACUACCGAAACCCUCAAAACCGCAAGUAUAUAGCCCAAGGGGCAACACACUCACUAAGACCCCACACGGACAUACAGGCCAAGAGACAUAAAGAGAUACACUGAAUCCUGAGACCCAAGCGGCAAGAUCGGCGCAGAUGCUUGAGCAUGCAGUGCCCGCAGGCCUGCCAGGCCACCCAUGGACUAAAUGCACUCACACUAGGGAGGGGGGGGAAGUAUCAGGGACCCAAAAAACUCUUAGUACCAACACAACAGUGAGAGGGAUUGGAGGGGGGGUGCCCGCCCCCCUGGCCGCGCCCGGCCGCCGGGGCCUAGCCGCGCUGUAAUGAACCACGGGGAGCAGGCGGGCGGCUCCGCCGUCGGGGCGCGCCCGGGGUGGGGGCUCCGACCCCACACCCGAGACAAAUGGGUAGCGACAACACCAAGCUGACCAAACUACAACCACCUGCCGAACAGUCACACACCUCUAGAACAGGGGGAGGAAGCUCAACACACCAGGGAACCAUACGACGGGCGCACCCCAUAAGGCACAGAGACAGGGGGACAAGAACACACCAGCUAGACCCACGCCUAUGGGAACAACCUCAGUCUCUCACCCCAGACAGGGACACCCACACCUCCCCAUAAAUGUAGGGAACAGGGCGUUGAGACACAAGGGACACAAGAACACACUAGAUAGGCGGGCGGGUGGGAACCUGGGACGCAGGGGGACAAAGGUAAACAGCACACAAAAUUGAAAUGUGAAAUGUUAGAAUAUUGUUAAGUUUUCACCUGUUGUGACCUGAAACCAAAAUGUUAAUAACGCUGUUAAUGUUUAUGUUUGUAACCCAAUCACAAACCAAAAGGACACGUGCAUAAACACUCAUUCACGCAAGCCCCAGAACCACCACACCCCGAGGCGGGGAACCACACGCGAACUCCUACGGAGUAAUCACUGAGGAGCCACAUAGGGAAGCCACGAGACGAGAUACACCACAAGGACACUGCGCCAGGCGACUGGACACCCAACCACCGCCCAGUAGGCGAGGCGUCACCCGAAAGGUGAGCGUUGCACGGACACCACAGGUGGUGCCGGGCUCUGUCGCUCCCCGACGCUACUACCUAGUCGCCACGCACUGUGGCGCAAACCACGGAGACCUCUGAGAACCUCUCGGACUACUCCAAUACCUCAACCCCUUGAUCCUUACCUAAACCCCAACACCCGAUCCCCCAACCCGACACUGACAGCUGACUGUGAGACCCCUGAGACUACACACACCAAAGGCACGCAGGACAAAGUCAUUUCCACAACACCCGACGACAACGACCUGACUUGGCGGGAUGGCACUGACCCCAGACCACCUACACAUCCUUACAAUCAAUGCAAAAGGCCUAAAUAAACCAGAGAAGAGAACAGGAGCACUGAGAGACUUUCACAAACAGCGGGCUUCUAUAGUAAUGAUACAGGAAACCCACUUUAAAAAAGGGAAUAGACCCAAACUGACUAAUCAGCACUACACACAAGGUUACUAUAGCGAUUUUCAAGGGGGUAAGGCCAGGGGGACAGCAAUACUCCUCCACAAGAGGGUGCCGUUCCAGGAGGGGGGAUGCAAAACGGAUGACGAAGGAAGAUACAUAUUCCUUAAAGGGAAGAUCGUGGGACACCAGUACACAUUCGCAAACAUCUAUGCCCCAAACACACAACACUACCGCUUCCUCAAACAGACACUUCGCAAACUUCAAGAAUUCGCGGAAGGGACUUUAAUACUAGGGGGCGACUUCAACAUAACUCUUGACCCAUCAUGGGACAACUCAUCGGGCACCUCCCACAUCCCCACUCAACAACUCCAAACAGUUAAAUCCCUACUCCGGAGUCGACGACUCGUGGACUGCUGGAGAGCCCACCACCCAGACGUAAGAAACUACACCUUUUACUCCCACCCACACAACUCUUAUUCCCGGAUAGACCACAUCUACACCACACACUAUGACCUCUCCCUAGUGUCUGAAGUAACAAUAGGAGUGGCCACAUGGUCAGACCACGCCCCAGUCUCACUAAAACUUAAAUCACCACUUUACCGCCCCACGACCUCGAAAUGGAGAUUGAACGAAUACCUACUCACUAAACUAGAGGUCACAACCCUAAUAGGUGAGAAAAUCAAGGACUACCUGACAACUAACACAGCAGAGCAAACAUCCCCGACGAUUCGAUGGGAAGCACACAAAAGCGUGAUACGAGGCCACUACAUACAACAGGGGGCAAUACUGAAGAAACAGACUGAAGCCCGACUACAGGCACUGCUGACCAAGAUACAGGAGACAGACAAUCAAAAUAAACAAACCCCGAACCACACACACCAAACCCGACUCCUACAACUGAGACGGGAACUAGCCUCACUACUGCAGGCUAAACAUCACAGAGACGCAACAAGGCACAAAGCCUUCUUCACAGUACACGGGAACAAAAGCGGCAAACUUCUAGCCGCGAUGCUGAAAAAGCAGAGGCAACACACAUAUAUUGAUAAAAUUAGAGAUAAACAGGGCACCCUACACCGCCUCCCGACAGACAUCAUGAGAACAUUCCGCACGUAUUACACCGAUCUUUACACGCUCCCCCAACCGAAGACCAACGGGGCGACAACACACCUCAGAGACUCUAUCCGGGCCUACUUGACAAAAUACCAGACACCGACACUUGGCGCGGAGAUAGCGGAGGUCAUUGACGAACCCAUCACAAUAGAGGAACUAGCUCUAGCGGUUAAACAAACCAAACCAGGCAAAAGCCCGGGACCCGACGGCCUACCGACCAAAUAUUACAAGACAUACGCUACAGACCUAUAUCCACUCAUGAUAGAAGCGUUCAAUUCGAUACGAGACGGAAACCAUUUCCCCAGACAAACACUAACAGCCCACAUUACUAUUAUCCCCAAAGACGGCAAAGACAGAGAACAAUGCGGAAACUAUAGACCAAUCUCACUUAUAAAUAGCGACAUUAAACUACUGGCCAAAAUCCUGGCGACCCGACUCACGCAACACAUCCCAUCACUGAUCCACCCAGACCAGGUGGGAUUCGUGACAGGCCGAGAAGCCCGAGACAACACCAUCAGGGCACUCACCCUCAUGCACGGGACAGGAGGCACGAAAGGGGGCCUUAUCCUGCUGUCAACUGACGCAGAGAAGGCCUUCGAUAGGGUCGGCUGGACAUAUCUAUUUGAAACACUCGCCCAUGCGGGACUAGGGCCACAAAUGCGACGCUGGAUAGAGGCAUUGUACCGAGAACCCACGGCCCAGGUGCUGGUCAACGGGGCGUUAACUGAUGCCUUCACAAUACAUAACGGCACGAGACAAGGCUGCCCCCUCUCCCCACUUCUGUUCGUCCUUGCCCUGGAACCAUUCCUCACACACAUCCGACACAACCCAGACAUAACCGGACUGACAACAGGCAACACGCAACACAAGGUAGCUGCGUAUGCAGACGACCUACUCUUCAUGGUAACGAACCCUGAAAUUUCCCUCCCAAACAUACAGAGGGAACUACAGCUAUAUGGGGUAAUCUCCAAUUUGAAAAUUAACUACGGCAAAUCCUAUGUCCUUAACGUAAGCGUCCCUACUGCACGGGCGAACCCCCUCCGACAAAGCUUCCCCUUCCAAUGGGCCGAACAUAAAAUUAGAUAUUUAGGAGUCUGGCUGACCAAUCGAAGUGAGGACAUGUUCAGGGAAAAUUUCACAGAUACACUCCAGACGUUCCAAAAAGACAUGCGAGAAUGGUCGUACCCCCACAUCUCAUGGCUAGGGAGAGUCCAAGUAAUAAAAAUGAAGUUCCUACCACGCCUCCUAUACCUCCUCCAGGCCAUCCCCAUCGAGAUCCCGGGCCCCUUUUUCGGUACCCUUAGAACAGAAAUGACCAGAUACGUAUGGAACGGACGGAAACCUAGAGUGAAAUUCGCUACCCUGACACGACCUAAGGAUAAAGGAGGGUUAGCCCUCCCAGACCUCCACUUAUACUAUGUGGCCACACACCUCCAGAGAAUUGUGGAGUGGUCAAAAGACGGCGUGCACAAACUCUGGAAGACGGUAGAAGAGGCGGAAGCAGGCAGACCACUCUCGGGACUACCCUGGGGGCGCGAACCGACAAAAUGGGGCGAAAUGUCCAUAUACACAAAACACACCAUGAAAGUAUGGAGGAGGAUAGCGAGGAAGGGGGCCAUGUCACCAUACCCCUCCCCCCUUCUUCCUCUGACGCACAACGUCGACUUCCCCCCGGGAUUAGACCCAAGAGCCUUUAGAGACAUCCUCCCAGACCCACACCCACGCCUACACCAUGUCCUGCAGGGAGAGAAAUGUAACUUUUCUGCCUUUUUGGUCACUGUUACAUUUUAUAUGUAAGAUUUGGAUUUGUAUUAUAAUAAAAUAUAUUUAGAUAUAUAUUAUUGUGUUAGUUGGUGUGCAUUCCUUUCUUUUUUGAGUAUUUGCUUUAUUGGUAUUUAAGGGAGUACCUUCUUGGAAUAGCACCCACAAGUGUGGUGGCAAGUAUAUUAAGUGUCUCUCCACAUGUUGUAUUCUUUAUGACCCUCCUGUCUCUUACCUUGUCUUUGCAGGAGGGUGGCUGGGGCUGAUGGGACUGGGAGUCGGCUGGCUCUCCCUCUUCAUUGCCAUGAUCACUUCCUCCCAGCAUCACUUGCGCUGCGGCGGCAUUUAUUUUAUUUUUUAAAGGGGCCCGGUCGUGCUAUACCAUGGCCACAGCGAUGACCGGGCCCCUGAAGAUAUGGGGCCCAUCGGGUGGACCUAAGUGCGUGGGCCACCCGAUGGGCCCCAUCAGCGUGCGGGCCCUGCUGGAACUGCACCGGCGGCAGUUCCGCCGCUACACGUGGGGCUCGUUAUGGUUGUCACCCCCUGAUGGCAGCCCUGGAUAGUGUGUAGAUAGAAAGAAGAAAAGUAAUAUAAUGAAGGUACUUGGAAUGGUCAUCAUUUAGAAGUAGUAAAGGUAACAUGGUAUAGUUUAUCUACUAAACAGCAAACUCUUUAGACAGCCACUAGACAUGGAGUUAAUCCAUAAAGGUAAUUAUUGCCAUUAAUUAAAACUGCAAUAAUUACCUAACCAGGGUUAAGGGACCUGAAAAUAGUUGUCUGGGUGCCUAUGGUGUCUAUGGUGUCCCUAUAACACCAAAUAUUAAAUUUUUUACUUAAACUGACUUUUUUUACUUGAACUUUAUUAAUUCAGUUUUCAUUUCUUUCCAGUUCACUAAUUAGACAACAAAUCCUGUACACAAUCAAGAAUGAUUGGUAAAUGCAUAAUACUCUAACCUACAAGCAAAAUUAUUCUCAGAUUUUCUGCUGAGCCGAUUCAGUAGUAGAUAGGUCAGUAAAUAGUUGCAUAGCUGAAAAGAGACAGUCAGAUCUUUCCUUGGAUCAAGAAGCUGUUACCACACUGUAGUUCAACUGUCUUUUCUCUGUUGUCACACUAUAUGUAUCCACUGUAGACUAUUUUCAUUUUAAGACAUUGCAACACAAGCUAAAACCUGUCCAAGGAACAUUAAAAAGUUAUAAUUUAUAGAUUACCUUGUUGAAAGCAGGUAGGUAUGCAGAGGUGUACUAGAAAAAAAGGUGCUACAAAAGGCUUACAAGCUAUUUGCACUGGUGAAAACCAUCAUACAAAAGGGACUGCAAUCCAAUGAUUUAAAGAGAAGUUUUGAUUCAAGCAACUUAAAGGCAUAUUCUAUCUAAAAAUGUGAAAAGUUAAAUGCAUUUAUUUGAGGAACUUUAAUUCCAUAAGGGUAAUUAAUAACCAUUCCUUAAUAAGAUGCUGUUAUUGUGACAGAAAGGAAAUAGUAGACUAAAGAGCGAUCCACAAUCAUAAAUGUUGCUGGGAAGGGGGUCAUCUGAAGAACUGAAUGUGGGGCAAUUAGCCCUGGAUAUUUAAAGUUGGUAGAGUGGGCAGAAGGAUAUUUUUUUAUUGUUCAUCAGGCAGCUGCUUUGCAAAGCAGCCAUGUAUUCUAAAAAGCAAGAUCAGUAGCAUAAUACUCCACCAGGCCACUUAAGGGGAGGGUUAAUGUGCCUUAGGUGACUGUCAGAACGGGGAGCUAAAGAACAAAAUUUUGAUGCACACCCCUCAGUUAGUGAAGUGUUACGGGAAUCCAUUAAAGGAACACUAUAGGGACAGAAACACAAAAAUGUAUUCCAGACUCUAUGGUGUUAAAAACACCAUUUAGCCCCCCUGGCCCCCUUGCUUUUCAAAAUAUAGUAAAAGCUUACAUUCACUCUAGUCUGCUGCUGCUGGUUCUGCCCCUGAUCUGCAUACUUGGAUGACAUUAUCAGAAGUGAUUCUCUCAGCCAAUCACAAUUUCUCCCCAUAGGAAAGCAUUUGUGUGACGAGACCAAUCUCGCCACUGUGCAUUGGAGGAGCCUGGUUGCCUGCCUGCUCCCUUUAGACUACGGCCCCAUGUUGAAACGCUUGAUUUUCCCCUGCAAAGACAAGAAAGCCGGGUCAUUCAAUGCUUGCCCUGUUUGAGCGGUGAUACCCCAGAUAGCUAUGCCAUGGAGCCCAUUCGUAUAAUGAAAGACUAUGGGAAAGACUUUGGCUCCAUGGCAAUUGAACUGUAUGUGUGUGAUCUUAGCGCCAUUCAGUAAUAAUGUGCGCUCAGAUAUGAGCUAUCUGGGGAUAUGUUGAAUGUACCUGUUUUAUGCAAUGGCUGCACAGUUAUAUAUUUUUAUGUAUUUUAUUGUCUUUUGCUGCCAUGUGCUUAAUGGAGUUUUGCCUCUGUCCUUGGAGAUAAUUGGAUUACUUCCCAAUUAUCUCCAGGAUAGAAGACUCAGUGGAACUGGUUUUGGGCAAAAAAGCCAUGCUUCAUUUGGUCACAAAGGACUACGAUCUAUCUUUUGAACCACUGGACCAAUUUGUAUGAUUUUGACAUAUGUUUGUAUUUGGAGUAUGCUGAUUUUGAAAAUGUAAGUGAAUGUGAUGCAUACUUUUAAAGUUAUGAAUAAUGUGGAAAAACUGUACUUCUCUGCCUGUGAUAAUUACAUUACCCAUUGUGUAAGGUAAUUGUAUCACAGGCAGAGGGGAGGAUUUUGUGUGGGAGUGUCUGAGUGUAUUGUACGUGUUUAUUGGUUGUUUUCCAAAACCCUGUGGGUGGUACUAAUGUGUAAGAAUGUGUAUAUAAGAACAAUAAACCCACAGCUCUGUCUGUUCACUGCUUGACCCUCAUCACAGAGCUUUGCUUUGUUCUUGGGGGGAUUUACUGUAUGCCGUUCCAGUUUGAUUGCUAGGAGUGUAAACCUAUUUGUAUGGUUUUUCCUAUUCGGCUGUUUACAGCAUUUGUGUGGUUCCGGUUCAGCUGUUUACGGCAUUCAUAUGCUUCUCUGGUUCGGUGGAUUGGUGUCUACAGUAGCUGUGCCUUUGUCUCUGGAAGGGAAGAUCUACUAAACGGCGGUUUAACCCUUUUAUGCCCAGGGUGCCGUUACAAAGCUGAUAGCCAUCCUUUUGUAGAUAGAUAUAACUCAGCUGUCUCCCCAAUGAUUGCUGGUGCAGGGGAUGCCCUGUCUGCUACAUCCCCACUCUAAAGUGUGAGCUGGGGAUCUUCAGGAGUCUGUCUUUUUGUUACCGUUUUUAAAAGUGAAGUUUUCUAUAAAAUAGACGAAACACCCCAGUAGGUGACAGCCAGUAUUUUCUUCAGUCUCAGGUUGCUCCACAGAGCUAAGAAAAGUGGCAUGCAUGCAGAGCUAAAGUGCACCUACCUGCCUCCUUCUCAAUAAGCAGCAACUCAAGCAAAGCGGUUUCUUGAGGAGAAGCCUCUGGUUGGUGUAUUCCAAAGCAGCCCCAGGAGGGCUUGCAACAGCUGCAGAUAACAGGAAUAGAAAAAAAAAAAUAACUGUCGAAAAUAAGGUUGCAGAAGCAAAUGUAAUAGAUCCUCUCAUUUCCCAAAUUCUAGAUGAAUAAGGAGGAAUUAUUGCUCAUUACAACCAUCACAUGACUAAGGUUCAUUACCUGAAAUGUUACCAGUUUGGUCUAUUUCUUUGGGCAGAAGACAGGGACUUGUGGGCAUUGGUUAACAGUAUUGGAUAGACUGGUAUUUAUUAUUUUUAUUCAAAGAGUAUAGCCCUCUCUAACAAUACGUAAAGGUUAUUGGUGGUAAAUAUUGUGAGCAACUGGUAUACAGAAGUAAAUUGUUAUCUUUAGAUUGUAAGCUCAUGGGCUAUCUAACUAAGCACUUUUUAUAAAAAGAUUUUUAAUGGGUAGAUCUCAGCUUAUAGGCAGGGCCCUCGUAACCAAAAAUACAGUAUAUCACAAAAGUGAGUACACACCUCACAUUUUUGUAUAUUUUAUUAUAUAUUUUCAUGUGACAACACUGAAGAAAUGACACUCUGCUAUAAUGUAAAGUAGUAAGUGUACAGCCUGUAUAACAGUGUACAUUUGCUGUCUCCUCAAAAUAACUCAAAACACAGCCAUUAAUGCCUAAACCGUUGGCAACAAAAGUGAGUACACACCCCUAAGUGCAAAUGUCCAAAGUGGGCCCAAAGUGUCAAUAUUAUGUGUGGCCACCAUUAUUUCCCAGCACUGCCUUAACCCUCAUGGGCAUGGAGUUCACCAGAGCUCACAGGUUGCCACUGGAGUCCUCUUACACUCCUCCAUGACGACAUCACGGAGCUGGUGGAUGUUAGAGACCUUGCGCUCCCCACCUUCCGUUUGAGGAUGCCCCACAGAUGCAUGUCUGGAGACAUGCUUGGCCAGUCCAGCACCUUUACCUUAGGCUUCUUUAGCAGGACAGUGGUCAUCUUGGAGUUGUGUUUGGGGUCGUAAUCAUGUUGGAAUACAGCUCUGCGGUCCAGUCUCUGAAGGGAGGGGAUCUUGGUAUGUCACAGUACAUGUUGGCAUUCAUGGUUCCCUCAAUGAACUGUAGCUCCCCAGUGCCAGCAGCACUCAUGCAAGCCCAGACUAUGACAGACCCACCACCAUGCUUGACUGUAGGCAAGACACACUUGUCUUUGUACUCCUCACCUGGUUGCUGCCACGCACACUUAACACCAUCUGAACCAAAUAAGUUUAUCUUAGUCUCAUUGGACCACAGGACAUGGUUCCAAUAGUCCAUGUCCUUAGUCUGCUAGUCUUCAGCAAACUGUUUGUGGGCUUUUUUGUGCAUUAUCUUUAGAAGAGGGUUCUUUCUGGGACUAAAGCCAUGCAGACCAAUUUGAUGCAGUGUGCGGCGUAUGAUCUGAGCCCUGGCAGGCUGAACCCCCACCCCUUUAACCUCUGCAGUAAUGCUGGAACACUCAUACAUCUAUUUCCCAAAGACAACCUCUGAGCAAGUGCACUCAACUUCUUUGGUCGACCAUGACGAGGCCUGUUCUGAAUGGAACCUGACCUGUGAAACCGCUGUAUGUUCUCGCCCACCGUGCUGUUUCAGGGUCUUGGCAAUCUUCUUAUAGCCUAGGCCAUCUUUAUGUAGAGCAACAAUUCUUUUUUUCAGAUCCUCAGAGAGCUGUUUGCCAUGAGGUGCCAUGUUGAACUUCCAGUGACCAAUAUGACAUUAAUGGCUGUGAGUAGAGUUGAGCGGACACCUGGAUGUUCGGGUCUGGUGGGUUUGGCCGAACUUCAGAAAAAAGUCCGGGUUAGGGAUCGAACUUGACUCCGAACCCCAUUGAAGUCAAUGGGGACCCGAAAUUUUGGGCACAAAAAUGGCUCUAAAAAAGUCCUGGAAUGGACUAGAGGGCUGCAAAAGGAAGUAAAAUGGGGGUAAGAGUAGGACAAGUGCCCUGCAAACAAAUUUGGAUAGGGAAAUCACUUAAAAUAACAUAAAAUACAAUUCCCACGGUAUUAGGGAGCUAUCUACCAAAAGGCUGAAAGACCUAAACUGGUCUUUGAGCCAAAUUUACUAAUACUUAGUAGAAAAGAUUACUUAGUAUUAGUAAAUUCAGCCCCUACUCGCUAUACCGCGAGUAGGGGUGUAUCUAGUAAACAGUGAGCAGCCUAAAAAAAUUCCAAAGAUUUUUCCCACGCUGUGUAAAAUGACACAGAGCACUCUGAUUGGUGGAUUUCAAGCCAACCAAUCAGAGUGCCGUGACAGGUAAAUGUAGAGACUUACCUGUCAGUCUCUUCAUUUACCUGUCAUAGCACUCUGAUUGGAUUGCUUAAACCCACCAAUCAGAGUGCUCUGUGUCAUUUUACACAGUGUGGGAAAGUUCUUUGGAAUUUUUUUAGGCUGCUCAUUGUUUACUAGACACGCCCCUACUUUAUAAGCCUUCCCCCGCACUGCAGAGCUCAGUCUGCGCAGAGCCCUCCUUGGGUGAAUUUUUUUUAUUUUUUUUUAAAGUGCUUUGGUUAUUAUGGAUUUUUAUUUGGCAUUUUUUUGGUCUGAAAAAAGAAGAGUUUAGAAGAAAGAAGAAAUCAAAUGGUAAGUCUAUUUUUUUACAGGUAUUUCAAGCCAACCAAUCAGAGUGAGGUCCCCCCUUAUUAUUUUUAGGAUGAAGGGGGUAGGUAGGGGUUAUUUUUUUUUUGGGAGGGGGGUGACUAGGGGUUUGGGGACCCCUAGUCACCUCUGGGGGGUUAAAUUUUUAUUUAGGGCCCCCACCCGCCGCUCAGGGGUAGGGGCCAAGGGGGAGGACAUUAGGUCCCCCCCUCCCAAUUUUUAUUUAUGGCCCCCACCCACCGCUCAGGGGUGGGGGCCAGUGGGAGAGGACAUUAGGUCCCCCCCCCCCAAUUUUAAUUUAUGCCCCAACCCGCCGCUCAGUCACAGGUGGGGGCUGCUCACUAUUUAAUAGACAUGCCCCUACUCGCGGUAUAGCGAGUAGGGGAAUAAUUUUAUAAUACUAAGUAACCAUCUUAUAUAGAGGCUGGGUCACAUGCUGCAAUGGCCAAUCACAGCCAUGCCAUUAGUAGGCAUGGCUGUGAUGGCUUCUAAGGGUACACGAGUCAAACGCUUGUUGAUUGGCUGCCCUACAGCCUUUCAAACCGUGUGAUUAAAUCGCCGAACACCAAACUCCAACCCAAACAUACAGUGAUAUGUCCGCGUUCGGGUCCGGGGUCCAAAAAGCGUAAUGUUCGGUACGAACCCGAACUUUACAGCCGGGGUUCGCUCAACUCUAGCUGUGAGUUAUUUUGAGGGGAGAGCAAAUUUCCACUGUAUACAGGCUAUACACGUACUCAGUAUUCUCUUGCGACCCAUUUUUUUGCUCUCCACAAGUUUAAAGGGUAAUCCAGUCGUGGACCCCUUGCUCACGGUGCCUAGAGAGAUAUCAGCUAUGCCUCACUGAUGAUGCCUAACAAGGCUGAAACGAUCGUCUAGGGUUGCUGUGCCUCUCGUGCAGAGGGAACUUGCUGGCAUUUCGGAUCUGGACUGCCCAUAUGGGUGGGACCAGUCUGAUAUGUUUCAGUGAUGUUCACUCUGUAAUGGCACAAGAUGAACAAAAACCAGCUUGAGAACUGAGCGGUGACCCACAGAGGGCAGGCUAUUUCAGCUGCUGCCCGUUCUCAGUAUUCUCUUGCGACCCAUUUUUUUCGCUCUCUACUUUACAUUGUAGCAGAAUGUAAUUUCUUUAGUGUUGUACCCACUUUUGUGAGAUACUCUCACUGUUUAUAAGAUUGAAUUAAAACUAUGAAUGCAUUUAAUUCCGCAUUUCAUUUAGUCUGCACUUUUUGUUAAAAUUAAACAAAAAGCUGAAGUUCUUUCAAGGUCUGGAGUGUCCUUUUAAUGGUACAUGUAACAUGAAUCUUUUUCUUACAGUGGUUUCUAUGGAAUUUAUUUGUAUCUAUAUAGUCUUGGUUUUCUAAAUCAAAGGGCAAUGUAAUUUGGAAUAUAGUUGGGCAGGAGAGUGCCCACUUUUCAAAUACAAAGUCUUACAGAGGGUUUUGUAAGCAUUCCAUAUUUAGUUUUCAUUUUGUGUGAUUGGUUUAGUAUUUUGACAUACUUAUAUAAUACAAACUAAUCUGUUAUAUAUUUACUUUGUUUUCUGUAUGUUUGCUAUUGAGUUACAUAGUUACAUUGCUGAAAAGAGACUUGCGUCCAUCAAGUUCAGCCUUCCUCGCAUAUGUUUUUACGGUUGAUCCAAAAGAAGGCAAAAAAACCCAGUCUGAAGCGCUUCCAAUUUUGCAACAAACUAGGAAAAAUUUCCUUCUUGACCCCAAAAUAGCAGUCAGAUGUCUCCAUGGAUCAAGCAGCUAUUACCCCACUAAUUAGAAAUUAUAUCCCUGUAUGUUAUGAUUUUACAAGUAUUUAUCCAAUUGCAGUUUAAACAUCUGUAUGGACUCUGAUAAAAACCACCUCUUCAGGCAGAGAAUUACAUAUUCUUAUUGCUCUUACUGUAAAAAACCUUUUCUUUGCCUUAGAUGAAAUCUCAUUUCUUCCAGCCUAAAUGUGUGACCUUGUGUCCUAUGUAUAGUCCUGUUUGAAUAGAUUUCCAGAUAAUGGUUUGUACUGGCCACAAAUAUAUUUGUAUAAUGUUAUCAUAUGUCCUCUGAAGCACCGUUUUUUCAAACUAAAGAGAUUUACAUUUUUUAACCUUUCUUCAUAACUAAAAUGCUCCAUUCCUUUUAUCAAUUUUGUAGCUCGUCUCUGCACUUUUUCUAGUGCCAUGAUAUCCUUCUUUAGAACAGGUGCCCAAAAUUGCACAGCAUAUGAAGGUGUGGUCUUACCAGCGAUUUAUAAAGAGGCAAAAUUAUAUUUUCAUCUCGAGAAUUUAUGCCCCUAUUUAUACACGACAAAACCUUACUGGCCUUAGUAACUGCAGAUUGACAUUGCAUAUUGCUGCCUAAUUUGUUGUCUAUAACAAUUCCCAAAUCCUUCUUGUGUGUGGUUGUGACGGAACGCUGGCACUCCGACUGAGUACCUCCGCCAAUCGAUGCUCCUAGCGCUUGCCGAGGACUCCAAGCACUCCAACCGACACCAUCAGCACUGCAGACCCCACUUCCAGCGAUGCAACUGCGCUGGGGUCUCUGCUAUCUCUACCCACCCUGGACCCAAGGCCAGGAUCCAGCUUCCAGUGGGUGAACCUCUCUUUCCCCAGAGAGCAGGAACAAGCUCUUAGCAGAACUUAGUGAUCAUACCCUGGGGAGUAUAGUGAUUAUAGCAAUCCCCAGAGUGUAGGUAUCCCUUCCCCCAAACAUGAGCCAAGGCUUAAUGCUGGAACAAGACUAAUUUACUGGCACACAGAACUCACAAUUUAUGCAACACAAAACUCCUCCUCUGGGCCAGGCUAGAUAAUUGAGUUUCUACAAUACACAAAGCUCAAUUAUCUGCUGGCCAGAUAUUAUACAGUUUCAUAAAACACACAGGGACCCCAAAACAUGCAAUAACCCCAUAAAAAGUAUAUCCUUGGAACUGGGGGAUCUGGGUGAACCACAUAUCCAAAAUUCACCCAGAUCCGUUCAGUACUUUGGAAAAUACAGUUUAAUGCAGAUUCUGCAGAACAUAUACAGGCUAAAUAAAAACAAUCACUGUAUAAUGUGUCCCCUGCUGUAUAGUCCAAAACCACUGCACGAUGUCUCUGUGCACCAAAUACUGGCGAGAUGGCACCGUGUUGAAAAGUCCAAACAGUGUCUGUGAGUUAAAAUGGCCGCCAUCCAUUGUUCUCACCAUGUGCUUCUGAUACAGGAAAUGGUGGCCACCCAGUAACUCCACAGUAUGUCCCCAAAUGGUUCUUAAAGGGCCAGCAGCAGCACAACACAAAUCCAUUAUGCCCAAAUCAUGUCUUUAAAGGGCAAUACAUCCCAGGGGCCAUAGUCACAGGGCAAGAGGCGGGCAAGCAGUCCUCUCCAGGCACAAGUGGCGAAGGGCGCUUCGUCACAGUGGUUAUUCCUAAUUCACUACCAUUUAGGGUAGUAGUUGCUUGUGCAUUCUUGACCCCGAAGUGCAUAACUUUGCAUUUCUCUACGUUAAAUUUAAUCUGCCAUUUUAGUGCCCUGUCCUCCAAUCUAUCCAAAUCCCUCUACAGCCAAGCAAUAUCCUGCUCACAUUUUAUUACUUUACAAAGUUUUGUGUAAUCUGCAAACACUGAAACAUGGCUUUCAAUGCCUAUUUCAAGAUCAUUUAUAAAUAUAUUAAAUAGAAGUGGACCCAAAACAGAACCCUGAGGGACACCACUUACCACUUUUGUCCAGCCUGAAAAUUUACCAUUAAUGACAACUCAUUGUACUCUAUCCUUAAGCCAAUGUUCUACCCAAUAACAAGAAUAAUCAUCUAGACCAAUUUCUUUUAGUUUGAAGACUAACCUAUUGUAAGGAACCAUAUCAAAUGCCUUGGCAAAAUCCAAGUAGAUCACAUCCACUGCAACACCCUGAUCUAUACUUCUACUUACUUCUUCAUAGAAUGCAAUUAGGUUAAUUUGACAUGACCUAUGUUUCAUAAAACCAUGCUGAUUAUUGCUAAUAACAAAGUUCUUCCCAAUGAAUUCCUGAAUAUUAUACAUUAAUAGCCGUUCAAAUAUUUUCCCAGUCACAGAAGUUAAGCUCACAGGUCUAUCAUUUCCAGGAAAGGAUUUUGAACCCUUUUUAAAUAUAGGAACGACAUCUGCCUUCCUCCAAUCCUCCGGUACAAUACCUGAAACAAAAGAAUCUUGAAAAAUUAAAUGCAGAGGUUCACUUAUUUCCCCAUUUAGCUCCUUAAGUACUUGUGGGUGGAUACCACCAGGCCCCUGAGCUUUAUUUACAUUAAUUUUCUUUAACAGCUGUAGCACCUUGUCUCGAGUUAUCCAAUCACAAGUUGUCUGCAAGUUUUUUGCAGCAAUUAUUUGCAUAUCUCUUGCCAUAGGAUCCUCAUUAAUAUAUACUGAAGAAAAAUAGUUAUUUAAAAUUGUUGCCUUUUCCUGGUCUUCAUAAGCUAACAGACCCAUCUCUGUUUCCAAUGUACCUACACUUUCAUAUUUAGUUUUUUUAGAAUUGAUGCACUUGAAAAAAAUGUUUGGGUUUGGUUUUGCAUUCUUUGGCUAUCAAUUUUUCAUUUUCUAGUUUAGCCACUUUAAUUGCCUUUUUGCAAGCAUUAUUGGCUUCCUUAUAUCUUAUAUAGGAUGCCUCUGAUUUGUCCAAUUUAAAUGCUUUAAAUGCCCUUUUCUUAUUUGUAAUCUCUUGUUUUACUUCUCUACUAAGCCACAUUGGUUUCAAUUUGUUUCUCUUAUAUGUAUUACCUAAUGGUACAUACUGAGAAAUGUACCUUUCUAAUAUUUGUUUGAAUAGUUUCCAUUUAUCCUCUUUGUUUUUUUCACUAAGGAGUUUAUGCCAGUCGAUAUGUUGUAGAGCUGCCCUAAUCUUAUUGAAAUUGUCUUUUUUUAAAUUAUAUGUUUUAGUGCUUUUGCUUUUUUGAGUUUAUUUAAAAAAUUACCAUAUUGUGAUCACUAUUUCCCAAAUGCUCCCCUACUUGAAUGUUGGUCAAAAGAUCAACAUUGUUUGUUAUAACGAGAUCCAGACAAGCAUCCUUUCUAGUUGGUGCUUGUACCAGUUGUGACAUAAAGGUGUCAUUUAACACAUUCAAAAACCUGAUUACCCUUGCUGAAGUACUAGUCACUCUAUCCCAAUUUAUGUCCGGGUAAUUAAAAUCUCCAGUAAUUAACGUGUUACCCCGAUUUGUGGCUCUCCCAAUUUGCUCUAACAGCUGUUCUUCCUCAUUAAUAUUUAUAUUGUUAAUAACAUAUCCCAACCAAUAAUUGUUUUCCCUUGAGUUAUUACUGUUUCUAAAAUAUUUAUGACUGUCACCAGGAAAAGUGUCUUUUGGGUUCACCAAAUGGCUCAUUAUCUAUGUAAAGUUACCUACCUAGUAUUGGAGAUCACUGCAUGGUAGGUAAUUUGCACAUAGCUGAGCUUUUACAUGAUAGAUAUUUAUGUGGUGCAUACAAUUAUAAUUGCUAUUCAUAACAAGCAGAUAGUGAAAGCCCUUUUUUGUGAGGGAGAAGAGGCGGUUAAAAAUAGCUUCUGGAUAGGAGUUUCUUGUAUCCCAAAGGAGUUAUAUCUUACAUCUAGCAUCCUAAUAAUUCUGUAAUUGGUUUGUGUUUGGUGAUGAGUAUCCUGGGAAUUACUCAGUAACUAGGUGACACAAUGUGUAGUUUUACAGGAUUUCAUUUUUCUUUAGAUUGUUUUAUUUUUUACAUACAUAUUUUCCUAAUUUAUUUGUUUAUUCAAAUAAGCAAUGUAUUACAAAAUAACAACAGCAAAAAAAGUCUAACUUUAAAUGGGUGUCUUGGAGGCUUUGUCUGGGAGAAAGUUCUCCUUCGCAGUCUACUGGGGAAGUCAGUGAAAUCACGUGGUAUACUAGCAGUACUGUUUACUGAGAUCUGAAAGUCUGACUGUUCCCCACCCUUCCUGUUUCAACCCCUCAACCAAGUCUGAUAAAUGUGGACCAACGCCUAAACCCAAAACAGGAAACCUCAGCGUACCUGCUGGGCAUUGUGUACAAAUAUAACAUUUUGAACUUUAAUUUUGUGCAUGAACAGAUUAUUAUAUCUGCAUCCAAAAAUCAGUAUGUAUAGAAAAGAUUCUAGCACUACAUGCAAUAAUAUAGAGUAUUGUGAGUUGCAGUUCACAGCAUUUGGUGUAUGAGUUAAUAUGAAGCCUGAAUACCAGAAGGGGGCUGAAUGGAGUGUCUGUUAUAGACUACUUUAUUCAGAUGAGUAUACAUAGCUCUGUAAAAAUAAGAAAAACGUGUAAGUGGCGCCUCUGAAUUAAGGCAAGACACCAAUCAGUGAAUUGUGCACAUGCUGUUCCUCACAAAAAGUGUCCUCCCUCUUUUACCUCUAACUUACAAGAAACUCAAAAUAUAAUAAUAAUAAUAAUUAAUAAACCUCUUCAAGCAAUUACAAAAAAAUAUAAAUAUAGCAGAAAAUACUUUCUAGUAGUGAUGGUAUAUACAGUCAUGGGAAAAAUUAUUUUCUCUUUGAAUUCUAUGGUUUUAUAUAUCAGGACAUACAUAUCAGGAUAUAACACUAUAAAUUUCAAAGGGUGUACCUUCUUUUUCCCAUGACUGUAACCCACUGCAGUAUAAUAUCAGAAAUUAUGGAAUAUCUGAAUUACAAAAAAUAAAAAUAAACGUACAGAGAGUGAUCAUAGCGCACCACAAAGCUGGUGAAAUUGAUCAUAAGCCCACUCACACGAUGCAGAGCUGUGCUCUUGCAAGUAUCAGGCUGAAAAGCAGGAACUCCACAGCAGGACCUAUGAAAAGUGACAGUGUUUAAUUAAAAGUAUAUAAAUAAUGCAUUUCUCUUCCUCACUUUUUUUUUUUUUGGUUAUUCAUUUUAUAUAUAAAUAAUGAUUUUUAUUUUUUUAGCAUACAUAGCUAUAUGCAGUAUUUGUUAAAACAUCUAACAAUUAAAGUAUUUAUUAAAGGUAUUAAAAUGCAGCAGAAGAACUUUGUCUCUACUCACCGUAGUGGGACCUGUAAAAAAAUAAAAAUAGAAAGAAUGGCAGAAAAUAGGUGGGGGAGAAAGUGAAACACUGACAUAAGGAUCAUUUCUGGAGACAAAUAGUUGUAAUCCAUUGCCUUUAAAGAGAAUACAGACAAAUGAAAAGACUCUCAGGAAUAAUAUGUUUGAUCUCAUAUAUCCAGCCAUCUAAGAAUUAAUUUAAAGCUUUAUGUUAUUGUUCAUGAUCUCAAUUUUCUAGUAAGCAGGAGGGUUUUCCAGUUCUUGGUAACACAUAAUUUAUUUCACGUAAAUUGUAUUUAAUCAUUUACUGGUCUUGUGACAGUUACCUCUGAUUAAUUUGCACACAACUUUGUCAGAAAAAUAUUGCAUAGCAAAAACUCCUAUUUUAUUAUGUAAGAUGGGUUAUAUAGGAAUUUUGCAAUGAUAACAUAUAUAUCCUAUUUAAAUACACAGAUCAUAUAAUUAUAAUAAUACAUUAGUGAUUCAUGAAUUCAUUAUACUAAAUCUGAAUUCUUGGGGAGUUUAAUAUCCCAAUCAACAACCUUAACUGCCCUGAUGCCUCUCAACUGCUCUCUGCAAACUCCUCCUUGGAUUUAUCCCACAUUAUGAUAACCCCCAUAUUAUGAUAACCCCAUAGCCAGAUAAAGUCCUUCUGAAGGCAUCUUUGAUGAUAGUUCAAGGUUGUGGCUUUUUGAAAGCAAGAAUUUAUAAAUUCAGCAAUGUGAAUCAUUCCCUCAAUGACUAUAUCUGCCAAUGAUCCAGUGAAUGUGAUUGAGGACAGGGUCAGACUCCUCAAUAAGCAGAGUAGGCACCUGCCUACAAGUUUGUUUCCUGUAGGUGGCGUCUGUUUUUCAUACUUAUAAUGUGCCAUUUUGGAGCUUAGGGGAAGUGUGAUAAAGAGAGAUAAGCACCAGGAGCCUUGGCCAGUGCCUUCUGUAGUUCAGUCAGUCUCUUAUGAUAGCAGACCUGCAGGAAUUUUUAUAGAGGGUUUAAAACUCAGUGCUGUGCCAGCUCCUCCACUGUCUCGGUGUGAGGCUGCUUGGAAAAUGGAAGUGAACACUUCCAAUCUGUCCACUAACAGCCUCUCAGGAAAUCUCUACAGGAGGAACAAUGACAGCAAUGAGUGAAGCAUACUGUAUAAAAGCUCCUGCAGUCCUAUCAUCAAUCAUUGGAGGGUGACUGGACCGUAGGAGACAUAGGAUGAUGAGUAUUUUGCAAAUAGUCUUUCAAACUCCACAUGCCCUAACACCCCUUUUCCACAACCCUAAUAUUAACACAACCUAAAACUCCCCCCCCCCAAAAAAAAUAGAAAUGCAUCUUCAGCUGUGUGUCUCUUAACCCACCUUUUGAAUUUCUUGCCCCUUGUAUGUCUUGCCCCUCUUUUUGUAUCUUCCCCCCUUUUGUGUCUUACAUCCCCUGUUUUUCCUUUUGAGUCUUACACCCAUCUUGAGUGUCUCUUACGUUCUCCUUUGUGCUUCUUAGUUUUCCCCAGCCCCUUUGUGUGUCUCUUACAUCCCCGCAGCCCCUUAUGUGUUUUAUACUUUCAUCAGCCUCUUUUAGUAUUUCUAACUCAGCCAGCCCAUUUGCAUGUCAUUUUACCCUUCCUCAGCUCUUUUGUGUGCAACAUUGUCCCCUUCUCCAGCCACUCUGACACACACAGAGUGGCUAGGGAAUCAAUGACACACACAGAGGUGCUGGAGAAUUAGACAAUGACACACACAGAGGGGCUGGGGACAAUAACACACACAGAGGGGAUAUGGGAGGGGACAAUGACACACACAUUUUCCUUUGCCCUUAUGUGCUCUUCCCCAGCCAAAGCAAUGCAUAUGCAUUUAAUUUAACAGCCCAAUUAUGUGUGUCAAACAAUAAGUCUAUAUAAUACAGUUAUGCCAUAUUGUUCUUAGAUACCAUACAUCUAGCUCCCCAUUUUCUUACUCAAGUGUCUUGCAGUAGUAAGCAGGCAUCUAAAGUUACCAUUCGUCUUUCUUACUUAAUUUAAAAAAUAUGUAUCGAAUACUUCCUUACUUGCUCCCCAGUUUCAUAGUGCAGUAGUGUACUACACUCUCCCCAUCUCAACUCUGGAUUGUUUUUAAGUGCAAAGUUUGUUUAGCCUUAGCCCUUUGUCAUUUUAAGAGGUUUUAGGCUAUACAGAACUUUAUCUUUUUUUUAUUAUUAUUAUUAUUUAUUUCAAAUCUCAAUUAGAGAGAACAGAUGAAUAAACAACAGAUGCAGAAUAAAAGUGUGGAAUCUUUAUUGGCAAACAACAGACAUAACCAUAAAAAACAAUGCCAUGUAAAAUGGACAGUGUUAAUUAUGUGACUCCUAGAACUCCCAGUUGCUGACAAAAAUGAUAAAAUAUAGGAUAUGCCUCUAAAUCAAUAAAUAAAGGGAAGGAAACAUCUCAACAAGAGAUGACAUUGAGGUGAAAAAAAAAAAACAAUAUAGGGAUAGUGAAAAAAGAUAAGAGGUUCAGGUCAGAGGCAGUUAAAAAAAAAGUGGUCUGGAAAUAAAAUAUCAAGUGGGCAUAAGAGUCUCAAGAUAAAAGAAAGAGGGGAAGUGAAAGAGAGUGAUGUGAGAGGCUGUGCUCACCAUCCUGCAACUCAACACAGACCAGAACUAUGGCAGAGAGGGGAAGAAUUAAAUACGUUUCAGGAAGCUAAAGAAUAGGUUGCGUACCAUGGUUCCCAAAUCCUAGUCAAUGACUCUGGGCUAUCAUGUACCAGUGCUAUAACUCAGUCUAUUAUGACUGCCUAAUUAACCUUGGAGAUAUAGUGAACAUUCUGGGUAGCCAAAAGGUGUUCCACAAUUUGAAUAUCUGCAUGCUUUCAAUGCUAUUCUGAACGCUAUUUUUAGAUUAGUUAUUAUUUAUUUUCAUUUUGAGUCAAUGUCUUUAGAGCUUUAGAUAAAAGAAGACCAAAGGGUCAAGAUGAACUAGAGUUAUUUGAAACAAGUGGACACUUUUACACAUUGAGCAAAAUAGUUUACUGGGAAAUGGUAUGUAUUAAAGGGAGACUUAAAGGGGAAAUAAAAGUAUUUAAAGUGUCAAAACAUAAGUGGGAUGGAUCUCUCUUGGAUCAUUUUUAAAUACAAUCAAAAGGAAACAAUUCUCAUAGUCAUUGUGUUUACCAAUUUGUUUUCCAGAUUUCACCAUCCUCAUAGAAGUUGGCAUCAUGAAUUCUACAUUUGACCCAUUUCAGUGCCUGGAGCUUGUGAAGAGAAAACACAUAAACAUUAUUGUGUUGCAUUAUAACUUGACUGGACGAAUGACUAACCGAUCAAGCAAUGGAAUGUCAAUUCUCAAUAUACUUUUCAUAUUUAUCAGCAUCUUUAUCAUUCUUGAGAAUCUCUUUGUACUAACAGCUCUGCUGAGGUGGGAGGAAAAUUUAUUGUUGUCUUUGAUGUUCUUAAAUGAUAACAAACAAGAAAAAAAAAUCUGCCAAUUUACAAUCUGUAUUUAAAAUGACCCAUUACAGUUGCAAGAAAAAGUAUGUGAACCCUUUGGAAUGAUAUGGAUUUCUGCACAAAUUGACAUUAUAAAAUGUGAUCUGAUCAUCAUCUAAGUCACAACAAUAGACAAUCACAGUCUGUUUAAACUAAUAACACACAAAGAAUGAAAUGUUGCCAUGUUUUUAUAGAACACACCAUGUAAACAUUCACAGUGCAGGUGGAAAAAGUAUGUGAACCCUUGGAUUUAAUAACUGGUUGAACCUCCUUUGGCAGCAAUAACUUCAACCAAACGUUUUCUGUAGUUGCAGAUCAGACGUGCACAACGGUCAGGAGUAAUUCUUGACCAUUCCUCUUUACAGAACUGUUUCAGUUCAGCAAUAUUCUUGGGAUGUCUGGUGUGAAUCGCUUUCUUGAGGUCAUGCCACAGCAUCUCAAUCGGGUUGAGGUCAGGACUCUGACUGGGCCACUUCAGAAGGCCUAUUUUCUUCUGUUUAAGCCAUUCUGUUGUUGAUUUACUUCUAUGCUUUGGGUCAUUGUCCUAUUGCAACACCCAUCUUCUGUUGAGCUUCAGCUGGUAGAAAGGUGGCCUUAAGUUCUCCUGCAAUAUGUCUUGAUAAACUUGGGAAUUCAUUUUUCCUUCGAUGAUAGCAAUCCGUCCAGGCCCUGACGCAGCAAAGCAGCCCCAAACCAUGAUGCCCCCACCACCAUACUUCGAAGUUGGGAUGAAGUUUUGAUGUUGGUGUGCUGUGCCUUUUUUUCGCCACACAUAGUGUUGUGUGUUUCUUCCAAACAACUCAACUUUGGUUUUAUCUGUUCACAGAAUAUUUUGGCAGUACUGCUGUGGAACAUCCAGGUGCUCUUGUGCAAACUGUAAACGUGCAGCAAUGUUUUGUUUGGACAGCAGUGGCUUCCUCUGUGGUAUCCUCCCAUGAAAUCCAUUCUUGUUUAGUGUUUUACAUAUUGUAGAUUCGCUAACAGGGAUGUUAGUAUUUGCCAGUGACUUUUGUAAGUCUUUAGUUGACACUCUAGGAUUCUUCUUCACCUCAUUGAGCAGUCUGCGCUGUGCUGUUGCAGUCAUCUUUACAAGACGGCCACUCCUAGGGAGAGUAGCAGCAGUGCUGAACUUUCUCCAUUUAUAGACAAUUUGUCUUACCGUGGACUGAUGAACAGCAAGGCUUUUGGAGAUACUUUUAUAACCCUUUCCAGCUUUAUGCAAGUCAACAAUUCUUAAUCGUAGGUCUUCUGAGAGCUCUUUUGUGCGAGGCAUCAUUCACAUCAGGCAAUGUUUCUUGUGAAAAGCAAACCCAGAACUGGUGUGUGUUUUUUAUAGGGCAGGGCAGCUGUAACCAACACCUCCAAUCUCAUCUCAUUGAUUGGACUCCAGUUGGCUGACAUCUCACUCCAAUUAGCUCUUGGAGAUGUCAUUAGUCUAGGGGUUCACAUACUUUUUCCACCUGCACUGUGAAUGUUUACAUGGUGUGUUCAAUAAAAACAUGGUAACAUUUCAUUCUUUGUGUGUUAUUAGUUUAAGCAGACUGUGAUUGUCUAUUGUUGUGACUUAGAUGAUGAUCAGAUCACAUUUUAUGACCAAUUUGUGCAGAAAUCCAUAUCAUUCCAAAGGGUUCACAUACUUUUUCUUGCAACUGUAUUUCUGCCUAUGUAAUCAUGUAUUACAGUGAUGUUUUACAACUCUCAUCCUCAUCCUCACUCUGAUGCUCAUUAUGUUCAUGCUGAAUGGGUUAUUUAAAGGGAUAUGCAUCACUUUGAGAGAACUGCAUCAUGCAAAAAAACAAAGAAAAGAGUUUCUUGUGCACUAUCGCAAAUUCCUAUGCAUAGUUAAAAACUGGAGGCUUUUAGUAUUACUCCAAUGGCCAUUAGGUGUAUUCUUACCUGCCACGUCAAGGCAAACCUCUUAAGCGAGUAAUACACUAACAAUUUGCCUUGCUUCUUUCUGCUUCAGGUAAAAAAAAAUCUCUAAUGAGAUAUGGAGGGCUUUAGAAAAAUACCGCUCACUACUUAUUAUAGGGUUUGUAAGUAGAGAGAGGUAUUUACCUCUUAGGUGAGGUAUAUUUGUAUAUGCUUAGGGAUUUGGGAUAGUGAGCAAGUAACUCUUUUCUUUGGUUUUUAUUGUGUGUAUUAGGGUUGAUGUAUACUAUGGUCAUUGCUGCUGCAUUUGAGUAGUUUGAGUGCAGGGCUUAUUUUGGUAUGUUUGCUUUUGCUUUUGUAUUACACAACCCUGUUACAAUGCUGCCACCAACCACAUGUGUUCCUUAUUAAAAUUUAAUAAGCAAGUAGGGGUUUAGAAAUAUACCCAAAUGUCCAUUGGAGUGGUAUUAAAAACCUCCAGUUAUUUAAAUAUUCAUAGGGAUUUUUGUUAUAGUGCAUAAGUAACUCUUUUAUUUUUGUAUUGUAUGGGGCUGAUGUAACUAUGGUAAUUGCUCGAGCCCAGGAUCUGCUACUAAUGAGUUGGUCCAGAUAGCACAGGACAUGUUCAGAGGUCUUGAGUCCAUGCCUCGAUGCAUCACAGCUGUUUUCGCAGCACGAUGGGGGACGUACAUGAUAUCAGGCGUGUAGUUUUAUGUAAUAAAUAGAUAAAAGAAAGAGACAGCGCCAAUUAACCUAUUAGGCAGCAACCCGAGAAAAGGAAUCCCCCUAAAACCCUAAAAUACAGGAUAAAAACAAAAUAUAAAAGAAGGGCUGCGCCAAGCUAAAUAAACAAUAUUCAGUCCAAAUAAUGGUAAUGGUAUAAUAAAAGUCCAACCUAAAAAAUGUCCUCUCUGUCGUCCUAGGGUACAGGAACAAGGUCUUCAGGUAUAAUAUAAAAAAUAAAACAACCGAUAGUGCAGAGUGUAUGUAUCAAGUCAAGUAAAAUUCGAAUAAUAGUAGCGAACUCACAAUUUUUUAGAGCUUCUGUCCAGCUCUAGGGUAGAGCGCACACAGCGGUAUAAUCCCCGCUUAUGGGAUAUGUGGUGAGUGUCGGUUCUUCAGUGGUAUCCAGAAGCUCAAAGAGAACAGAAACAAGCCAGAUAGUGCUCUCUGUAUGGAUAUAUAUUGUAGGUAGAAAUAAAAUCGUACUUACAAGUACAGAGCAGUCCAACUGCUCUUUGAUGUCAGCGCUGGUGGAAUAAUCCCCACCUAAGGAUUUCUUUGACUGCCAGGAACUUGCAGAAAUGAUGUUAAAAUCAGAAUAAAAUUAUUUAUAAAAUAUAUAUUUAUAUAAUAUGCCAGGGGUAAAUGUAUAAAUAAAAAUGAUUGGAACUAUCAAGUAACCAAAACUUUAAUAUUUAUUAUACAAAAUUAUAUUUCCAUUAACGCGUUUCAUCAUAGAUAAUUUGCAGAUAAUACAUCCUUUAAUAAGGCAUAUUCUGUGUUUUUUUUUUAUUAAAAACAAAGGUAGAAAAGGGUUUAAAAUCACAAAGACAUUAUGUCACGUGAUUUUGGGGCAUUUCCGGUUUCGGAGGUGUGUCCGCGAGGUCUAAUGGGUAUAGUAGUUCCCCCAUGCGGCGGCCAUUGUGAUGGGAGAUAGAAAAAGAAAUAAAAUUUUAAAAGUGCAUUAUGAAAUCAUCAUUCAAUAGUAGAUGAUAAGACAAGUAAUAUAGAAUAAAAUUUAUCUAAAAACGAGGGCGGGAAACCUCCAAAGAUUAUAAAACUUCCGGGUCACGUGAUAUGCGGCACUUCCGAUUUCGGAAGUAUAGCCGCAGAGCCUUAUGGGGCAUAUAGUUCUCCCAUAAGGCGGCAUAAUAAUAAAAAGAGAUGUAAAUCUGAGCGCAGAAUUUAGCUAAUAAGUAUUAUAAAAGAUAUGAAAAGGGAUAAUAAUAAGUAAUAAAACUACCAUAAGAACAAGCAAAGUGACCAAAAAAAACAGUACUUCCGGAUUUUGGAGGUAUCAUGGGAGAUGUAGUGAGGAAUAUAAAAGCCUAAUUAGGCAAAAAAAAUAAAAAAGAAAAAAUGCUAAGAGGACCAGGACUCAAAAAUAAAAUAAAAUAAAAAAGAUCUAAAAAAAUUAUAAAAUAAAAAAUGGUGUUAACCUUAGUUGUUAUUAAAAAGCCACUAAAAUAGCCUUAAAAAUAAAUAAAAACACGGAAUAUACAAAGAUGGAAUAAGAUACUAAUCAUUUUAUAAAAAAUUAUGCAGAUAAAAGUCUGCAUUAAGACCAUGGGGUAUAAGAGUCUGGAGAUUAUACACCCAUUCCAUUUCUGUUUUUCCUAAUAUUUUUUUAAUAUCACCCCCACACCAAGGGGUGGAACAUUUUUUUAUGCCAAUACACUUCAGUAGAUGGGGAUCUUUACUGUGUAUAAUAAAGUGUUUGGAUACUGUAUGAUUUAAGUAUCCAUUUUUAAUAUUUCUGCAAUGUUCGCUCAGUCGUCUUUAAACACCUUGUGGUCAUCCCCACAUAUUGGAGGCCACAAGGACAUUCGAGCAGAUAAAUAACAUUUUUCGUGUUGCAGCUAAUAAAAUCAUAGAUCUUAUACACUUUUUUAGUUCUAUUUGACAUAAAUUGAGUUGUUUUUGAUAAAUUCGAAGAAUCUGUGGUUCUGCAUUAUUUGGGAGGGCACCGAACAAAAUCUUAUUGCUUUUAUUGAAAAUUUGAAUAAUAACACCAGUGGUAUCAUUUUAACUCACGAAUUUAGUAGGGAAUCCAUCAACUUUUUAGAUCUCAACAUUUUUAUAAAGGAAGGACAACUUCAAACAAAAACCUUUUAUAAAAAAGUUUGUGUAAAUACAGUUAUAGAUAAAUCAAGUUGUCAUUACAAGCCAUGGCUCGAAAGCGCACCUAAUAGCCAAUUCCUACAUCUUUGUAGGAAUUGCUCAGAAUUGACUGACUUCAACGAACAAGUAGAGAUAUUAAAAAAUAACUUUAUCGAAAAAAAUUAUUUAGAGUCAGAUUUAAAUAACACACUCAAUAUAAUAAAGUUAAAAGACCACAAAGAUCUCUUAACCUAUAAAAAUAAAGAAGAUAUCGAACAUAUGUCUCUCCCUAUUAUUUUUAACUUCAAUAAUAAAAGUAAAACUAUCAAAAAGAUCAUAAAUAAACAUUGGCAUAUUCUAAAACACGAUGAUGUACUUAAUCCUAUCAUAUCUGAUCACCCAAAUAUUGUUUUUAGAGGAGCACCUAAUUUUAAAUCUAUUUUAACUUCUAAUUUCACAAAAGUACCAACUAUGAAUAACAUUUCCUUUUCCCUCAAAGUAAAGGUUUCCACAAAUGCAAAAGUUGCAUAGUAUGCAGAACCACAGAUUCUUCGAAUUUAUCAAAAACAACACAAUUUAUGUCAAAUAGAACUAAAAACGUGUGUAAGAUCUAUGAUUUUAUUAGCUGCAACACGAAAAAUUUUAUUUAUCUGCUCAAAUGUCCUUGUGGCCUCCAAUAUGUGGGGAUGACCACAAGGUGUUUAAAGACUCGACUGAGAGAACAUUGCAGAAAUAUUAAAAAUGGAUACUUAAAUCAUACAGUAUCCAAACACUUAUUAUACACAGUAAAGAUCCCCAUCUACAGAAGUGUAUUGGCAUAAAAAAGUUCCACCCCUUGGUGUGGGGGUGAUAUUAAAAAAAUAUUAGGAAAAACAGAAAUGGAAUGGGUGUAUAAUCUCCAGACUCUUAUACCCCAUGGUCUUAAUGCAGACUUUGAUCUGCAUAAUUUUUUAUAAAAUGAUUAGUAUCUUAUUCCAUCUUUGUAUAUUCCGUGUUUUUAUUUAUUUUUAAGGCUAUUUUAGUGGCUUUUUAAUAACAACUAAAGUUAACACCAUUUUUUAUUUUAUAAUUUUUUUAGAUCUUUUUUAUUUUAUUUUAUUUUUGAGUCGUGGUCCUCUUAGCACUUUUUCUUUUUUUCUUUUUUGUCUAAUUAGGCUUUUAUAUUCUUCACUACAUCUCCCAUGAUACCUCCGAAAUCCGGAAGUACUGUUUUUUUGGUCACUUUGCUUGUUCUUAUGGUAGUUUUAUUCCUUAUUAUUAUCCCUUUUAAUAUCUUUUAUAAUACUUAUUAGCUAAAUUCUGCGCUCAGAUUUACAUCUCUUUUUAUUAUUAUGCCGCCUUAUGGGAGAACUAUAUGCCCCAUAAGGCUCUGCGGCUAUACUUCCGAAACCGGAAGUGCCGCAUAUCAUGUGACCCGGAGGUUUUAUAAUCUUUGGAGGUUUCCAGCCCUCGUUUUUAGAUUAAUUUUAUUAUAUAUUACUUGUCUUAUCAUCUACUAUUGAAUGAUGAUUUCAUAAUGCACUUUUUAAAUUUUAUUUCUUUUUCUAUCUCCCAUCACAAUGGCCGCCGCAUGGGGGAACUACUAUACCUUUAAGACCUUGCGACCACACCUCCAAAACCGGAAAUGCCCCAAAAUCACGUGUCAUAAUGUCUUUGUGAUUUUAAACCCUUUUCUACCUUUGUUUUUAAUUUAAAAAAAAACACAGAAUAUGCCUUAUUAAAGGAUGUAUUAUCUGCAAAUUAUCUAAUAUUGUUAAUUUGAUAUAUAAAUAAGUAUGUUUAUUCUGAUUGGCUGAAAAAUUUUGGCGCCAAUUUUUGUACUUAACUAUGUCUAUAUAAUCAUUAUCUGCCAGGUAUUGUAUUGCAUUCCAUUUUGAGAAAGUCUGUAUGAUGAAACGCGUUAAUGGAAAUAUAAUUUUGUAUAAUAAAUAUUAAAGUUUUGGUUACUUGAUAGUUCCAAUCAUUUUUAUUUAUACAUUUACCCCUGGCAUAUUAUAUAAAUAUAUAUUUUAUAAAUAAUUUUAUUCUGAUUUUAACAUCAUUUCUGCAAGUUCCUGGCAGUCAAAGAAAUCCUUAGGUGGGGAUUAUUCCACCAGCGCUGACAUCAAAGAGCAGUUGGACUGUUCUGUACUUGUAAGUACGAUUUUAUUUCUACCUACAAUAUAUAUCCAUACAGAGAGCACUAUCUGGCUUGUUUCUGUUCUCUUUGAGCUUCUGGAUACCACUGAAGAACCGACACUCACCACAUAUCCCAUAAGUGGGGAUUAUACCGCUGUGUGCGCUUUACCCUAGAGCUGGACAGAAGCUCUAAAAAAUUGUGAGUUCGCUACUAUUAUUCGAAUUUUACUUGACUUGAUACAUACACUCUGGACUAUCGGUUGUUUUAUUUUUUAUAUUAUACCUGAAGACCCUGUUCCUGUACCCUAGGACGACAGAGAGGACAUUAACACAGAGACAUACUGACACACACAAACAUACACUGACAGACAUACUGACACACACACAGACACUGACAGACAGACAUGCUGACACACACAGACACAGACACUGACAGACAGACAUGCUGACACACACAGACACAUACACUGACAGACAUACUGACACACACAAAGACACUGACAGACAUACAUGCUGACACACACAGACACAUACACUGACAUACAUACUGACACACACACAAACACUGACAGACAGACAUGUUGACAGACACAUACACUGACAGACAUACUGACACACACAAAGACACUGACAGACAGACAUGCUGACACACACAGACACAUACACUGACAGACAUACUGACACACACACAAACACUGACAGACAGACAUGUUGACAGACACAUACACUGACAGACAUACUGACACACACAAAGACACUGACAGGCAGACAUGCUGACACACACAGACACAUACACUGACAGACAUACUGACACACACAGACACUGACAGACAUACUGGCACACACACAGACACUGACAGACAGACAUGCUGACACACACAGACACUGACAGACCGACAUGCUGACACGCUCAGACACAUACACUAACAGACAUACUGACACACACAAAGACACUGAGAGACAGACAUGCUGACACACACAGACACAUACACUGACAGACAUACUGACACACACACAGACACAGACAGACAUACUGACACACACACUGACACUGACAGACAGACAUGCACACACACACACACACAAAACAUUUGUACAGGUUUCCUACCUUGCCUGGCUCAGCCCCGCUCCUCUCUGUCUCCUUGCUACAUCCCACUCGGCUCUCUGUGGGAGGAAGUGACAGCCGAAAGCAAGAGGCCCGGUCAUGCUGUUAAAGGACCAGAGCGCGCAACCAGGCCCCUGCUUACAAAUGCCACUGGGUGGCCCUUAGUGAAUGGGCCUAGGGGAGAGGGAAUAGUUAAGGGCAGCAGGGCCCAUGGGGCAGAUGCUGUGGGCCCCCUCAGGAUUGCCUGGGCAGCUGCCCCGUUUGCCCUGAGUUAAAGACGGCCCUGCUGAUCAUACACACACAAUCACAGACACAUACAUACACAGUCACACAUGCAUAUGAAUUUUGUUUAUUUAAAGUGGUCCACUUAGCCUCCUAACCUCUGCCUGGGAGGGUUGGAGUGGAUUCUCUCCCUGGUGGCCAGUGGUCGCAGCUGAGAUCACUGUGCUCUUCCUGCAUAGGUCCCAUUUUUGCCUUAUAAUGAUGCUGUUGCCAAGGUGACAUCACAUUCCAGCUGCAACCACACAAUUCAGAGCACAUCAAGGAACUGUGCAGGAAGAGCACAGUGAGGACAUAUCUUCCUCAUGAGCCGUACCCCCGACCCCUGGGCAGUGUAGACAUCUGCUGUGUGGGUAGACAGGAGCCUACUCUGCCAUAGUGAAAGAGUUGAGCAGUUUUUGUGUUCCAUUCCUGGGGUAUCCCAAGGUGGCCUCCUGGAGUAGCAUAAGACAGCCUCCUGCUUGGGGUUAGAUGACCAUGAUUUUAUACUGGGCAUUUGCAGGCUUUAGGUUGGCAACCCCUGACAUAGAAGCUUAAAAAAGUACUUUUUAGAGAUCAUUGCUAGGCUCUAGAAACAUCUGUGACUUGAGUUUAAGUGAGAAAUUGUUCACCUCCUUCAGUAAUGAUGGGGGUACGUAACAACAUAUCCCUUCCUCUAUAUAUUAUGUCCCCUCUGCUCUACCCAUGAACAGUGUGUUCCUGAUGUUCUCUAGGAUCUCAAUGAAAUAGCUGGAAACAAACACAUGCUGCACAGUGAGGUAUUCAGUGAGAUCCCACCAUUUGACCUAAGUAAUAGAGAGCCCCACAUCCAGAGAUUCAGCCUCCAAAGCGUCCCCCUCCCCCAGCAACACAUUAUUAUUAUUAUUAUUGCCAUUUAUAUAGUGCCAACAGAUUCCGUAGCACUUUACAAUAUUAUAAGAGGGGGUAUUUAACUAUAAAUAGGACAAUUACAAGAAAACUUACAGGAACCAUAGGUUGAAGAGGACCCUGCUCAAACGAGCUUACAUUCUAUGUUAAUCCCUGUUUUUGCUGUUUUUGUUUUUCUUUACUUAGUUUUUCUGUAGGCUUAACUUUUAUUUUGCCAGAAUCUAUUUAUAAUAUUUAGAAAUGUUAUUUACCAAAAACUCACUAAAGGCAUAUUUUAGUGAAGUAAAAUGACAUGUAAAACAUUUACAGGUCUAUUUAUUAGAACCCAAUGUUGUAAAGAUAUGCCAACAUUUUAUUUACUGACUGGUGCAACUCAGCCGCAAUGCCUUAAAAUGGAUUCUGAAUGGAAUUAGUUUGCUCCCAUAGAAAACCAUAGCAAUUGUACGAAGGUUCAAGUAAAAUAAUAAAGUGAUGAUGACAUUAUACAAUUUAAAGUAGACUUAAUAAAAUGUAUAUUCAAGUGCAGCUAUAAAUCACUCUAGUGUAAAGUCAGUUAUUACUCCUAUUAUAGAUACAGGAAUGAAAAAAAUGGGAAACUGUACAACAAAUUCUUAUAUACGAUGUGGUGGACAGGUAGCAGGCAAGCAGCCAUAACAGGAGAACACGAUAGAAAACAUGUUCACAAUAAAAGCAUAGGGCUUUAUUAAUAGGCAAAUCCUAAAAACUAGGACAAUUGUACAGAAAACAAAAACUUAUAAUUAAAAAAACACUAAUCCAACAUAUUCUGUGUGUGUUCUAGGUAUCUCCAUUUGAAACGGUGGGUUUAUUGCUGUUUGGCCAAUAUUGCCUUCAGUGACCUCUUGGCUGGUAUCUCCUAUCUACUGAACAUCUGCCUCUCAGGCGCUAACACGUUCCUCCUGAGUCCAGAGCUCUGGUUUGUAAGGGAAGGUCUUGUCUUCACAACGCUGGCUGCCUCCAUCUUCAGCUUGCUUGUAACAGCAGUAGAGCGCUACUGUACAAUGGUGGUGAUAACUUCAGAAAAUCACUCAGUAAAGAGCAUGCGAGUUCAGGGCUUGAUUAUCUUAUGCUGGAUAUUGGCUGCUGUGGUUGGAUUUUUGCCACUCCUUGGUUGGAACUGCAUGUGUCACAUUGAGAGCUGCUCGAACGUCCUUCCUCUUUAUUCCAAAAAGUACUUACUUUUCAGCCUUAUCCUGUUGGCUGUUACAUUGGUUGGCAUUACUGGAUUUUACUGUACCAUUUACUAUUUAGUGUGUACUAGUGCAAAGCGAGUAGUGGUCACAAACCAAAGCAAGCGUGCCUUCCAUUUGCUCCACACUGUCAUCAUCAUUCUAGGUACCUUUAUCUUCUGUUGGAGUCCACUGUUUGUAGUCCUUUUGAUGGAUACUGCAUGCUCUCCUACUUCCUGCCCAAUACCACUUGGACUGGAAUGGGUGCUAGCAUUGGCCCUCUUAAACUCAGCCUUGAACCCACUCAUUUACUCUUUUCGAAGCUCAGAGGUUCGCAAAGCAGUAUUAGCAGUGCUUUGGUGUGUCUGCUCUAAGGCUGGAGUGCCGUUGCCUGCCUCCUGCAGACUAGGCACAGAUAUUACUUCAGGCUCAUCAAAUGAGAGUUCUAUUAGAAAGAGAAGUAGUGUGCGUCUUUCAAGGGCGCUCAGUGUCAGGAGCCCUUUAACAAGUAUCUCAAGUGUGCCCAGUCAGUAAACAUGGCUCUCAAAGUACAAUCAGAAAAGAGGCUGGUCCCUCUUACCUGUUUUUCAGAAAUUAAUAUUUUUAUCUACUCAGGAACACAGUAAGCCUUGGUCCUGAAGUAUGCUGUGCAGAUGUUCACCCGAUGAACUGUUACUGACUCCAAAUCAGUAAUGCUGUACUACAAAUAAAAUCACCAAGGAUAGAUAAAUGAAUUGGAAAAGGGGAGCUUGGAAUCCAGCAAAUACUGGAUUCUGAUAGCAGCCAGUCCUGAAAGUUUACCUAGUGAAGAGAAUGUGAAAUAAUAUGGAUAAAGAAUAUUUAGCAGUUUUUUGAAAACUGUUUCAUAAAUCUAACAUUUAUUUGCUGUAUAUAAUAAGCUUGUAUACAUUCAAAGACAAGAUAAAAUGAAAGUAAGAUUGUAUUUACGAG